AUGUGUAUCAGCUUCUCCUCUCCUUCCCCAGCCCACUCUCCUCUCGAAUCUCUCCGCCCCGCCAAUCCUACUCCUUACCAUCCCGAAAACCUUCCAUCAAUCUUAUCCCCUUUCUUUCGUCCCUCCAACCCAACUCCCUACCAUCCACAAAACCUUCCCCAGGAUCUCGAAGAGACACGAUCAAUUUGCCGCGUCCUCAAAGAAGCUGGAUUUAUCAAUAUAGUGCAAUUCUUGGAUUCGCAUGAUUUAAGAGAGGAUGAGAAGAAUCGCAUUCUGAGGGCAUGGGAGUUCAAUGAGGGAAUGAGAGAGGACUGCUUGGUCCAGAAUGCAAAGGAGGAGAUCUUGAUGCAGAGAGAAAAUGGGGUUGAUGCUGGGAGAGAGAAGGAGAAUGAGGUCUUUGCCUUGUUUGUUUGCAUUAAGAAACAGGCCAACACUGUGAAAGCAAAAGUGUUGGGCGAGAAGAAGAAUUUCAUCACUCAUCAGGCACCCAUACCCCAAAAAACAAGUGAAGAGAUGAAUUAUAGCUCCGAUGAAUCUUAUUUCUCCAGUUUCUAA